CUCUGUUUGUAUCUUACGUAUGGUGGUAAACAAAUUAUGGCGGCAAAUCCAGUCCAUGAAAAGAAAAUGCCCCCAAAAUUUUAUAAAAAUUGUCCUCAAGCAAUAUUAAAAGUGAUUCCAAAAGAAUGCGAUAAAUUAACGUUUUCCGAGCUAUCUCCUGGAGAAAAUUUUGACAAUAAGGCUAUUGUCGGGAAAAUAAUCAGUGUGAAUCCUGUUUUCAAAAGGCCAACUGGUUAUGGAAGGAAACUUGUUAUCAUGGAUGCUCUUGCAGAUGAUGAUGAAAAUCAGAAGAGACUGACUAUUUUCUUGUUCAAUCAGUUUGCUCAAGAUUCAAAUGCUGCUGAACCUGAGGCUUAUAUUAUCAUCACAAAUUUUGUAAUUGAAAAAUCAACCCACAUUAAAGAGAAUGAGAUGCCAUUGCAAGUUUUAGUAAAGAAAGAAGAUUCACAAGUUUGGUUUGGGAGAAAAGUUGCCAGUUCAAAAUCAAGUUCUACUGCUGGAAACUCGGAUUGGAGACCAGAAAUGUUAACUUUUUGUUUACUCGUUUACCUGUUCUAAAAGUAUCUGGAAGUGGCAUUCGAAGGUAAUUUGAAAUUUUUACUUAACUCUACAAUCUUCUACAAUUUAAACAAAAUGAAGUAAUGUGGUAUGCAUUAUAGAAGAAGAUAUUAUUUUACUAAAUAAUUACAAUAUUAUUUUUAAAAAAAACUGGUGUAAAUAUCUUAUUUUUCUUUCAUGUCUUUCUUUUUUCUUUUUCUUUUUUUCUUUUUUUCAUUAAAUUACUAGACAAAUUGUGUACUUUUGACCAAUCUUACUAAAAGAGGUUUGGUUCCUGGAGUAAUCAUCCAAAUAAUUUUAAAAAUCAUUUAAAAUGUGAAAAAGGUUGGAUAGGAGGUAGUCAGCUGAGGAGCAUUUGAUAUUUUCGUUUGAAAAGUAAAUAUAUAUAUAUAUAUAUCUUUUCUCAUUUUAGAUCUUUUUUUUUUUUUUUUUUUUUUUUUUUUUUACACGAACCAACCUUAUCUCGUAUAAAAAAAAUAAAGCUUGGAAAACUACAGAUCUCAAUAAGUUCAAUCUCAGUGCAGAUUUCAAAAGUUCUUUUGAUGCCCUUCAAGUUCCAUAACAGACAUAAAAAU